AAAAUGCCAGCUCCAAUCAACGAUCAAGCUCCGUACGUUAUUCUCGACACAACAAUGGGAAAAAUUGCUCUCGAGUUGUAUUGGAAUCACGCUCCACGAACUUGCCAAAAUUUUUCACAAUUAGCAAAACGAAACUAUUACAACGGAACUAUUUUCCAUAGAAUUAUUGCCGAUUUUAUGAUUCAGGGAGGAGAUCCAACCGGUACAGGCCGAGGUGGUGCUUCAAUUUACGGUGACAAGUUUUCCGACGAAAUUGACGAGCGUCUCAAGCACACAGGAGCUGGAAUUUUAUCUAUGGCAAAUGCAGGACCAAAUACUAACGGAUCUCAGUUCUUCAUAACUCUUGCACCAACCCAACAUCUCGAUGGAAAGCACACAAUUUUUGGACGAGUUGCCGCCGGAAUGAAGGUCAUUGCUAACAUGGGACGUGUUGACACUGACAAUCAUGAUCGUCCAAAAAUUGAAAUUCGAAUUCUGAAAGCCUACCCAUCAGAAUCGUCGGUUCUCUCAUAAACCUGCUUCACAAAUCAGGCUGUCGUGUCUUUCUUGUUGUUUUUUGUUCACAUUUUGAAUCAUCAGUUUUUUCCAAUGAAAAUAUGUUUUCC